AUCUAAGCGCAAAAACAACAAAAUGCUUCAAAGUUCACGUCAUAUGGUAAGAAUUUCUGUACGCACUGUUUUCUUACCAAUUUUUUGUAUAGUACUGUACAUAUUCUUUUUCGGAAGUUGGAUUUGCAAUUCAGUUAAAACGGUUUGACAGAUGUAGCGGAAAUGUUUUUCGAAGAGAUAGAGAUUAGUAAUAUACUCAACUGUGCGCAUGUGAAAUUACAUUUCAAACAAACGCAAAGUACCGUUUACGUUGUAAAAGGCAGUAACGACUGCCCACUCCGCCUUACAGUGAGUACUGGUAUUAAAUUAAUUUGUAGUGGUCAAUAUGCAAGUAUUGAAUCGUUAACUCAAUUCAAAAAUCUGCAUGAGGGCUAUGUUCGUAUAGUGUUGCUCAUUUCAAAAGAAGCUUGUGAAACAACAACUCCAUUGGAGAACGACAACACUAAUUUUGAAAGUGAUAGUGACAGCGAUGCGCCAUGUACAUCUCAAUGGGCACUAAAUCGCGAACAGCGACGUAAACAACGUCAGCUACGUAACUCGCAUUUAUUGCAAAGGCAGCAGCAACUAUUCCAUAGGGUGGAGGCAAUCCGUGAUUUCCGGUAUAGUCCUGAAUCGAUCGAAUACACUAUUGAUGCAGGUGCAAAGAAAAAAAGUAGUGUUUACGAAUUCCAGGUGAAAUUUCAAACGAACAUCGAUUACAUCUUGCGUCAGCCCGAAAUAUCCCGUGGCGGAUUUACCGGAAAUUGGAUGGAGUUUAUAGCAACAAAAUUGAAUGGUGCUAUGAAUCGAGAGGAAGAAAUUUCAAAGUUAUUUGGUUAUUUUGUGCAACUAUUUUUAAAAAAUCGUUACAAUGAGUGCGAUUUAUUGCCCAAAUUAACUACCUGCUGCAUUAUUGGACACACCGCCUUAGAUGUUAUGAUUGCGGACGACGCCCUAAGGAUUUUCAAUGAUGUACGCAUUACUUUUGAGUUUAUUACAUGUAUGGAAUAUACAGUAUGGUUUCUAAUCCCAUACAAAGGGCGUUAUGUAUCAGUGCAAGAAGUGAGUGUUGAAAACUUUCAAUUUAAAAACGUAUAUACAUGCAUAAAACUAAAAACAAUGAAUCAAAAUCUGUGCAGAGAAUAUAUAUGGUCAGACGCAGAUCACGCAAUCCAAGAUCUCUUAUUUAUCGCAUUCCAGUUGGUCAUGUGUUUUCACCUCAAGCGGGGUGUUGUCUACUUACAAGAAGAAUUGAAGAAUGUUAAAGAUUAUCAGACAAUGCAAUUCGUAGUAACGGCUUAUUUACAGGAAAUUGAAAAUGAUCAAAAGGUUUGGCCACAAAAAUAUUAUUUACAACAAAUUUUAAAAGCUUGUAAUAAAAUGCGCAUAACUGCUAUUAUUGACUAUCCUGGCGGCUUGCCAGUUACGCCCGUAUCUGGAAAUUUAAUCAAAUGCUACAAAGAUGAAUGUAGCGAUAGAUGGAAAUUAAAAGUGGAGGAACGCGAGAGUUCCUGUAGCAGUGAGCAAUUCAUAAGAGAAUUGCAAGCAGGCUUACAAAGUUACUCAUUUUCAUAAGUUGUGAAUCAAAAUAUUUAUAAAAAAUUGCGAACAAUUGCAGAAACUUACUGAUCAUCGAGUGUCCUUUGCGGUGCACAAACUGCAGAAUAUGUACAUUAAUAGCUAGACCUAGAGCCAAAUGACGUACAACGCAAAAACGAAAAUUUUUGGGAGGAUAAAUGUUCACCUUAUCCUAAAAUUACUAAAAUACUGCACUUCACAAUAUAAUUUUCAUCAUCAGAAAGCUACUAAUAUAUGCAAAUAAAUUGUAUAUUUUGUAAAUAUAGUUAUUAUU